AUGUAUAUUUUUUCAGAAAAAAAAAAUUGGGUGUUUUUCAGGUACAUAUGCAAGCACGUUUGCAGUUACUUUCCCAUCACGCUUCAUGUAGAGGAUAUCAAGGCCUUUCAUCCCAAUCGUGCUUAUGUUUUUGGUUAUGAACCACAUUCAGUUCUGCCAAUUGGAGUUGUUGCAUUAGCUGACAACACAGGUUUUAUGCCUCUUCCUAAAAUAAAAGUUCUUGCUAGCAGUGCGGUUUUCUACACACCAUUUUUGAGACACAUAUGGACAUGGUUGGGUCUGACACCAGCGACAAAGAAAAGGUUUGCCUCCCUGUUGGAUGCUGGCUACAGUUGUAUCUUAAUUCCUGGCGGAGUUCAAGAAACAUUUCUCAUGGAGCAUGGUUCUGAGAUUGCCUUUCUUAAAGCAAGGAGAGGAUUUGUCCGCGUAGCAAUGGAGAAGGGUAAACCCCUGGUUCCAGUUUUCUGUUUUGGGCAGUCAAAUGUCUAUAAGUGGUGGAAACCAGGUGGGAAGUUAUUUCUGAAUUUUGCCAGGGCUAUCAAGUUCACCCCAAUAUAUUUUUGGGGAAUUUUCGGAUCUCCGAUACCCUUUAAACAUCCUAUGCAUGUGGUGGUGGGUAGACCAAUUGAACUGGAGAAAAAUCCAGAGCCAACUUCUGAGGAGGUUGCCAAAAUACAUAGCCAGUUUGUUGAAGCACUUCGAGAUCUAUUUGAACGACACAAAGCUCGAGCUGGAUAUCCAAACCUUGAGUUAAGAAUUGUUUGA